CAGUGACUCUCCGUGCGGCCUACACCACCAGCCAUGACAGUUCCAGAGUUCAGCCUGGUCACAGCUUUACUCUAGUUAACAGGAGGCUGUGCACACACGAAGCUCCAGCCAUACUGACUGAGGAGAAGCAGCAUGUCCAUACCAGAAUCCCCCAGCUCCUGUGACUGCUUUGUGUCGCUCCCUCCAGCUUCCCGCUCGCCAGUUGUUGUUUUUGCAAAGAACUCGGACCGACCUCGCACGGAGGUUCAGGAGGUUGUGUAUUAUGGGGCUGCCACACACUCACCAGGGUCAAAGGUUAUGUGUACCUACGUGGAAGUGGAGCAAGCGCCAAAGACACUAGCUAUAGUGUUAAGUCGACCGGCUUGGUUAUGGGGUGCAGAAAUGGGUGCUAAUGAAAUGGGGGUCUGCAUCGGUAAUGAAGCUGUGUGGACCAAGGAACCAGUAGAAGAGCGUGAUGCACUCCUUGGCAUGGACUUGGUCAGACUGGCUCUGGAGCGUGCCCAUUCUGCUAAAGCUGCUGUCCAGGUAAUCGCCGAUCUGCUCGCCCAGUAUGGACAGGGAGGCAGCUGCAAGGAGGAGCCCCAGACGUUCAUGUACCACAAUACAUACUUACUUUGUGACCGCUUAGAGGCAUAUGUGCUGGAGACUGCUGGUCCUUUCUGGGCGGCCGAAAGAAUUACAGAGGGUUCUCGGAACAUUUCUAACCAGCUGAGCAUAGGCACGAGGAUAUGGCAGGAACACCCUCAGCUCCGUUCACAUGCCCUGGCACAGGGUUGGUGGAAUGGCACUGAAGAGUUUAACUUCAAAAUUGUCUACUCUUUAAAGACACAACCAGUCCGUAUGGAGGCAGCAAAAGCAAGAUACAGAGCCGGGCAAGAACUACUGCACAAACAAGAAGGGCACGUCACAGCCGAGUCAAUGAUGCAGCUUUUGAGGAAUAAGGAGAGUGGGAUCUGUAUGGACUCGGGGGGCUUCCGUACCACAUCCAGCAUGGUGUCUGUGCUUCCUCGCUGUCCUCAUUUACCGUGCAUCCAUCUACUGACUGCUACACCUGAUCCGUCCAGGUCUGUAUUUAAGCCUUUUGUGUUUGGUUCACGUUUGACACAAGUGCCCUGGGUGAUGUCACCCACUUUUGGAGAAAACGACCCUCUCAGGCAAAUUCCUCGCUUUCAGACACAGGUGGACAGAAGACAUGAGCUCUACAAGCAUCACCAGAGGGCACUUGAGGCAUCUGAAGGAAGUAAGGAUACUGAACAGAACCUAAAGGACAAGCAAAAUAAGAUGGAAGCUGAACAUCUUUCACUGAUCAACAACCUUCUCAGUGGAACACUGACUCCGGACCCUUCAGACCUGUCUGACCUAUUUCUAGUCUGCGUGGAGAAGGAACUUGCAUUAUACAAAGAGGAAAUCAAUUAAGAAGCUCCCUCUGCUGCCCCCUGUGGUGACAUAGCACCGUGUGGUGACAUCACUGUUCCAGGCAGUAAUAACAAUGAUAGUGAUCUGUUUAAUACUCAUGUUGCUACAACAAUCACCAAUUAUAAAACCGUCUGAA